AUGGGUCUCGCAGCCGCCAAAAGCAAGCGGAAACUUGGAAACGACCCUAAUAACACCAAGUGGUCCCGCAAUACCGACACCUUUGGCCAGAAAAUCCUCAGGGCACAGGGAUGGCAGCCGGGCCAGUAUCUUGGAGCCAAGGAUGCACCGCACGCGGAAUGGCAUAGCGAAGCGAACUCGGCGCACAUCCGCGUCGUACUCAAGGACGACAAUCUGGGUCUGGGAGCCAAGCGAAACAAUGGUGAUGAGUGCACGGGUCUGGAUGCGUUUCAGCAUUUAUUAGGCCGUCUCAACGGAAAGAGCGAUGAGGCCCUCGAGACCGAGAGGAAAGCCCGGGAGGAUCUCAAACUGAGUCUGUAUGUGGAGAGGAAAUUGGGAACGGUUCGGUUCGUGAAAGGCGGAUGGCUGGUUGGUGAUCAGCUCAAGGACAAGCCCGAUGAGGGGCCCGCAGAACCACGAAACAACGCAACCGAGGAGGAAACAACCGGAGAAACCCUAGAAGACAGCAGUGCGGCCGAGCCAGCGCCUGAGGAGUCCAAGAAGCGCAAGGGAGACCAGAAUAUUGAUGGGGAGGACGAGAAGGCACGCAAAAAAAGGAAGAAGUCCAAGCAAAGGCCAACAGAACUUGAAGAUGAGACGGUUAGCGACGAGGCACAGAACAACGGCAAGAAGUCCAAGAAGGGGCAAUCAGAAAAGGAGGAUGGCGCUAAGCCCCUGGCACCUUUGGAAUUCAAGGGCAAGAGAAAGAAGGACAGAAAUGCAGCGGCAGAAGAUUCGUCCCGGAGUGCAAGCAUCGCGGUGUCACCGAUGGGCGAAUCCCCGGAUGAGGCUGAUAGCUCUGCUACCGGAAAGCAAAAGCUGAAGAAAGAAAAGAAGGCGAGAAAACGGGAAAAGGAGGACAAGAAGAAGAAGAAAGAGAAAAAGAAAAACGACAAAGCAUUGUCGGACUCGGAUGCCGAGGCAGGGGACAGCAUAUCCAGGGAGAAGAAGCGGAGGAAAGAUGACGGUGCAUCUGUUCCCCUAGAUGUAGCUGAGCGGUCGAUUCCCGCGCCUGGUGAAAGUGCCCUCUCCACCCCGAGCGGCAGCGGCUAUUCGACGCCUGUGCCAACUGGAUCAAGUCGCUAUCUGGCUAGAUCGAGAUUCAUUGCUCAGAAAAAACUGGCGCUGACAGACAGCACGGCUCUUAAUCAGAUCUUCAUGAUAAAAUCUUAG